AUGUCAAAUAGAAAUAGAAAUAUUCAAUAUCAAUUACCAUUACACGAGAAGAUUAUAUUGUUAUAUGAUGUUAGUGGUGCUACUUUAUGGUGGUGUUGUUUGGGUAGAUUAUUAAUAUUAUUACCUUUGGUUGGUAGAAGAUUUUUACCUGGUGGUAUUGCUGAUUUCUUUCAUAUUGUUGCAAUUACUCCUUUUAUAAAUAGUAUAUUUUUCAAGUUUAAUAAGUUUAAAUGGUCAAAUUUAUGGUCAAUUAUAAAUAGCAUCAAAAUUGUAUGGUUAUGUUUUGGUUUAAUAUCGUCAUUUACUAGAAUUGCAAAACAUACAACAUAUUCAAUAUUGAUUUUUUCUUAUUGUUUACAAUAUGGUAUACAUUAUAGUUACUAUGCUUUUAGAAUUAAAUUUAGAACUACUCCAUGGUUUUUAUUUUGGUUACAAUACAAUAAUUUUUAUUUAACUUAUCCAUUACAAACUGUUUCUGAGAUGGUGCUUAUAUUUUUAUGUUUACAAUUCACACCAGAUGAUUCAUGGUAUGAAUUAGGAUUAAAAGGUUUAUUUCUUGCUUAUAUACCAAUUGCUUAUUUUGCAUGGCAACAUUUUGAACUGAGGAAACAAGCUAAAUAUACUUCAAUUAUAGAGAAACAAAAUGCAUAA